GAAACACGUGUUCACUGUUAUACAAGAUGGAGUGGCCGCGGUUCGUAUCUCUGUUGGGUGUUCUGAUAAUUGUGACGAUCUCAGAUAUAAGUGGAAAUCCUGCACGAAGCAAGAUUACGGUCGACGUAAAAUACGAAAUAAUUUGUGAUGAAGAUUUUGGAGAUAUUGGAGAUUCCAAAAACUGCACGCAGAACUCAAAUGUUAACCCCCAAACCGAAGCCCCGGUAAUCGCAGCAAAUGACACUACUGUAUCAGAAACAACCGUUGAUCCAACAACAGGCGACUCGAUAGGACCGGAAACUACCCCGACAGAAGAAACAACCAGCGAGCCAACAACGGCGGGGCCGUUCACUUGCCCGGAUACAGGGGGGUAUGCUGAUCCUGAGGACUGCCACAGUUACUACAGAUGUGACACGAUAAGCAACCCGCAACACAGCACAUGCAUCAUUCUUACGAAGUUCGAUGCCGCAAAAUCUGGCUGUUCUUUCGGCUUUUGCUAAACAUUAAUAUUUGCUCCUCCGAUGUGCGUAAAUCUGCAAACCGCCAUGCUAUGUGAUUACACAGUAACAAGCACAAUUAAAUGUGAACAUAACUCAAAAUUCAUUCACGUGUUCUCUAGUUGUGCGGAAAGAAAAUAAUAUUGCUGAGAGUCUAACAUGUGAAAUUAAAAAAUAAUUAUUAAAACGAUAUAGUACUUAAGCGCCUUGUUUCAUAGAUGUAUUUACUUGUACACAUAUAUUUCCGUCUCAACUGCAACUUAUUAUCUUGUCCUGCUUCUCUAGCACUAUAUGUUUCGGCCGUACACGGCCAUCAUCAGGUGCUAUCUUGCCAAAUUGUUCCACUGUAUGUUACAAUUAGAUAUAGCGUGUGAAGGCAAUGUUGAUUAUUAAUUAAAAUAUAUAAUUAUAAUGGUAUUUUCAUUGAAAUAUAUUUAUCUGAAAGUAGAUUUGUUGAUAUUGCGUUGCACUGUUCUGUUGAGGCGUUGGUAUUUGCUGUAAUAUAAAUAUGUGUUGUGUUAUGAAGUGUUGUUGUUGACAUUUUUAGUUUUAUAAAUUUUGAUAGUUCCUUGCCGUUGUACUUUCGUGAGUUAGUUACGCAGUUCAGAUAAAUAUAUCUCAUCAAUAUAUGAUGGCUAGAGUGUUCAAUAACACGCAAGAAGUCAACAGACUCCGUGUCCUGUAGUCCGCAAGCGAACUAUACCGACCGAGCGAUCGCCGAGAAUUACAUGCAAGAAGUCUAAUUCUAAUUUUCAGUUCUAAUCUUAUUUAUAAUCAACACUGCCUUCACGCGCGACAUGCAAUUAUGUUACAGUGGAACAGUUGUGGUAGGAUAGACAACACCUGAUGAUGGCAGUCUGCGGUCGAAACAUGUAGUGACCGAGAAGUGGGACAAGAUAAUAAGUUCUAUUUGAGACGGAAAUAUAUGUAUAAAGUAUUAAAAAACGAUGAAACAUAAAAAUAAAGAUAAUCAAAUGAUA